AUGAACAGCAAGGUGCUGCUCCAGGCAGCUACACGGGGGUCAGUGGAGGAAGUGCAGGUGCCGCUUUGGGCUUGUGCUAAUGUGGGGCAGAGACCAUGGUCCACGUGGACCGCUCUGCACUAUGCAGCGAUGCAGGGGCACACGGGUAUGGUGAGGUGUCUGAUCGGGAAUGGGGCAGAAGUGGAUGCCAGGAGCGACGCGGGGCACACGCCUCUACAUUUGGCUGCCUGGAAAGGCCAUGCAGCAGUGGUGCGGCUGCUGGCGGCGGCCUUCGCCGACGUCGAUGCCAAGGACCAGUGGGGUAGGACGCCGCUGCACUGGGCGGCACCCUACGGCCACACAGAGGCGGCGAAGGCACUGCUGGAGGCAGGGGCCGAUAGGGACGCCACGGAGGACGCAGGGAAUACCGCGCUGGACUUAGCAAGAGUGAACAACCGACAAUGGAUGGUAGAAAUCCUAUCUAGCAUUCCAACAAACGAUUGUGAUGUAUACUAA